AUGGCGACAAUGCGGCCUCAAACAAUCCUACUACCGCCGCGCAUCGACCCCAUGUUCAUCAUCGACGGCAAUGGAGGUUCACUAGUCAACGGCAACGACAUUGGUGAUGGUAAACACUUCUAUUGUGCCAAGUGCAUGUCUGUCGUGGCAUGUGCAUGUAUUCGGCCCGGCUUCAGCAUGUGCGACCAUGACUUCUGCUCAAGCUGUGUUGCCAUGAAGCUACCCCAGAACGUCGCCCGCGUCAAAUGCACCGGGGAGAGCUCGACGGAGUCGGAGAAAUAUCACGGCCUGACGAUCUUGCGGCCUGAAACAGUCCAGUUACCGUCGCGCAUCGACCCCAUGUUCAUCACCGAGGGCAAUGAAGGUUCACUCAGUGAGGGCAAAGAAGGUUCACUCAGUGACAGUAAGCGCUUCUACUGUGCCAAGUGCAUGCAUGUGGUGCCAUGUGCAUGUAUGAGGUACAACUUCACCAUGUGCGACCACGACUUCUGCUCAAGGUGUGUCGCCAUGAAGCUGCACCAGAACGUCGCCCGCGUCAAAUGCACUGGAGAGAGCUCGACAGCGUCGGAGGAAUAUCGCGGCGUGACAAUGUUGCGGUGA